ACGCUCAAGAUAGAUAAGUUGCCAUUCUCAACUAACCCAAGAAUCGAAAAAGAAAAAAAUGGCGACUCUCUCCGCAGGCAGCAUGAUGAGCACCUCCUUCCUGUCCGGGAAGCCGGCGGCGGCGGGCGGCAGCCUGAGGGCCAUCUCGAACUUCCGGCCGGCGCAGUUGGGGCUGAAAUCCGGCAACAUGGGGCGGAUGACCUGCAUGGCGUCUUACAAGGUGAAACUGGUGACCCCGACAGGGGACUUCGAGUUCGAUUGCCCCGACGACGUUUACGUUCUGGACCAGGCGGAGGAAUUGGGGGCCGAUCUCCCGUACUCGUGCCGCGCCGGCUCCUGCUCCUCCUGCGCCGGCAAGGUGGUCUCCGGCACCGUCGACCAGUCCGACAACAGCUUCCUCGACGACGAGCAGAUGGACGCCGGCUACGUCCUCACCUGCGUCGCUUACCCUACGUCUAACGUUGUCAUUGAGACCCACAAGGAAGAAGAGAUUGUCUAAUCGAUAAGUGUAUUUAUUUAUUAUAUAUUUAAUUAUUCUGUAAUUUUCCUGUCCACAACAAUGGAGUUUUAGUUCUUCCAUACAUUAUCUGUACUUGCUCUAUAUUUACAAUUUAAUAUGAAAUGUUGUUAAGUUUUGCACCCA